AUGGUAGGCGGCGGCAGCAGCAGCCCCAUCAUCGAUGGCAUCGUCAAGAAUGACAAGGUGCCAUGGUACCAGAAGAGGAACCUCCGCAGCCUCUACCUCUCGUUGGUUCCAUUUGCCAUGUUCAUUGAAAGCACCAGUGGCUUCGAUUCGUCAAUGAUGAAUGGUCUUCAAGCACUCAGUUAUUGGAACGACCACUUCAACAAACCUGAAGGUGCCAUUCUCGGACUUCUAGUCUCCUGCUACAGUCUUGGUGCUAUUACGGCCAUCCCAUUCGUUCCGCUGGUGUCAGACUGGGUGGGCCGUCGCUAUUCGAUUGUCUUUGGCUCAAUCAUCAUGGUCAUCGGCUCGGUGCUGCAAGGGUUUUCUACCAACAUUGCAAUGUUCAUCUUCGCACGAAUCUUUCUGGGCCACGGCAUCGUGUACGCCAUUGUUGCUGGUGCGGCUCUCCUCGGUGAGCUCGGCCAUCCAAAGGAGCGCCAGUUCCUAGGUUCGAUGUUCAAUGCCUUCUACUCCGUGGGCGCACUCCUGGGUGCCGGUAUUGUGAUCCAAACUCAGAAGAUUCCGAGUAACUGGAGCUGGCGCCUACCAUCGAUACUACAAGCCGCGCCUUCACUGAUCCAGAUCGUGACUGUCUUUCUGAUCCCGGAGUCGCCGCGUUGGCUGGUGUCCAAGGACCGACAGGAAGAGGCGCUCGAGCUUCUCAUCAAGUAUCAUGCCGAGGGUGACGCCUCCAGCCCAUUGCCUCAUGCUGAAUUCGCCGAGAUUAAGAAAGCUUUGGAGAUUGAGAACAACGAGCGCAAGCGUGGAUGGCUGGAGGUGUUCCAGUCUCCCGCCAUGCGGCGUCGUGCUCUUGUUUCGGGUAUGCUGGGGGUCUUCUGCCAGUUCAGUGGUAACGCACUCAUCUCUCAAUACCUGGUUCCAAUCCUUGCCAUGAUUGGCAUCGACGAUAGUCAAACCCAGUUGAAGUUCAGCGUCGGUCGUGAAGCUUGGGGCUUUGUCGUUUGCUUCUCGCUAGCUAGCAUUACGCCUCGCUUCCCCCGACGUCGGAUGUACCUGCUCUGCACGGUCUCUCUUCUGCUCUGCUAUAGCGCCUGGACUGCUUCCCAGGCUCGACAGAUGAUCACUAACUCCGAAGCUGCCGGCAUUGCCACUAUAUUCUUCAUUUUUAUGUACACGCCGUGCUACAACAUUGCCUACAACGCACUUACGUACGUGUACCUGGUCGAGCUCUGGCCAUACUACGCCCGCACCAAGGGUAUUACAUGGUUCCAACUCUGCUCUCGCGCUGCCAGCACCUUUGGCGCACAGGUGAACCCGAUCGGAUUGAAAGAUAUCAGGUGGAAAUACCUGCUUGUCUAUGUCUGCUUCCUUUGUUUUGAGAUUUGCUUCAUCUAUUUCCUCUUCCCGGAAACAUUUGGCAAGACCCUUGAAGAGUUGACUUUCUUGUUCGAGUCGGAAGCCGAGAGAGCACGCGAACUCGAGUCUGCAACCUCCAAGGCCCUUGGCCACCAUAUUGAGCACACCGAAGUCUCUGAGGUGAAUGAGAUUCCGACCAAGGCACAGGUUUCUGAGAAGGCAGUGGAAGGUACGACUAGACUGUGA